UCCUGCGCGCGUCCCCUUCCCUCUUUACCACCCUGCGCCGCGCCAGUACCACUGCGCAUACACUUCGGCCUCAACCUCCAACGACCCACCACCUCUCACUCGUCGCAACUCCCAAGCCGCAGCACGAGAGCCCACAGGCAGCUCCUUGGUCGGGUACCCCGUGACUCGAUCCGCCUCCUCCGGGCGCUCCUCCUCCUUCCUCUCCUUCUCCUUCCUCUUUGUCUCAUCCCCGGACGCGCGAAGAUCUACCACCCCUCAAGGCCCCGACGACGACGCCAUUCCGAUUUGGAAUGCACUUCAGUGGUCCAUCCAAGCUCAAACCCUUGAUUGACCAGUAGUGUUGCAAUCUGGGCUUCAGGUUUCAGUUGUCAGAGCAAUGACUUCCAAGACAAUGCUCCAAACCAUCCCAACAAUCCCCAACAUUGAAGAAAAGAAGCAGUGCUCUCAGAAUGAUUCCUCUCUGGAUCUCACCAGUUCGAGUAAACCCAGUACAGCCUUGCCAAGAAAAUUGCCCGAAUCGGCUAUGCCAAGCAGUCCAAACAAAGAAAUCCAGUCCAGUGACCAGAAACCAUCUCACAAGCUGCAUGAGUCCGUUGAUGUUACAUCCAGCAAGGUUCCUGCAGAUGAUGAGAAGGAUACUGUGGAAAAUGGAAACACAGAUGGAACCGUGAAAUCAGACUCGACGGUAGAUAAGGAUCAUGGUGCAGCGAGUGCAAGUGGAAGUGCCAGGUUGACGGGAAGGUCUGAGACUGGAGAAAGAGGUAUUAGCAGCCGAUGCAGGCCGAGCACAGGCAGUGAUGUAAGUGAGGAAAGCGCGUGCAGCAGUUUUAGUAGCACCAGCAAGCCUCACAAGGCAAAUGAUUCACGGUGGGAGGCAAUCCAGAUGAUCAGGAGUAGAGACGGGAUCCUUGGCCUCAGCCACUUUAAGCUAUUGAAGAAGCUAGGAUGUGGUGACAUUGGCAGUGUGUAUCUUUCAGAAUUGACUGGAACCAAGAGCUAUUUUGCAAUGAAGGUUAUGGACAAGGCAUCACUUACAGGCCGUAAGAAGUUGCUUCGAGCCCAGACUGAGAAGGAAAUCUUACAGUGCCUGGAUCAUCCUUUUCUUCCAACAUUGUACACACACUUCGAGACUGAUAAGUUCUCAUGCCUCGUUAUGGAGUUCUGCCCUGGGGGAGACUUGCAUACACUUCGACAGAAACAGCGUGGCAAGUAUUUUCCAGAACAAGCUGUUAAAUUCUAUGUAGCAGAAAUCCUCCUUGCUAUGGAGUACUUGCAUAUGCUAGGCAUCAUAUAUCGUGAUCUGAAGCCUGAAAACAUUCUUGUCCGUGAUGACGGGCACAUCAUGCUAUCCGACUUCGACCUCUCCCUUCGCUGUACAGUUAGCCCGACUCUAAUCAGGUCAUCUAAUCCUGAAACAGAAGCACUUCGGAAGAGCAGCCAGGCCUACUGUGCUCAACCAGCUUGUGCAGAGCCAUCCUGCAUGAUACAGCCAUCGUGCACAGCCCCCACAACAUGCUUUGGCCCUCGGUUCUUCUCGAAGUCGAAGAAAGAUCGAAAGCCAAAGCCUGAAGUUGUCAACCAGGUCCGCCCAUGGCCGGAGCUCAUGGCAGAACCUAGUGAUGCUCGAUCAAUGUCAUUUGUUGGCACACACGAGUACUUGGCCCCUGAGAUUAUCAAAGGUGAGGGCCAUGGCAGUGCUGUUGACUGGUGGACCUUUGGUAUAUUCUUAUACGAGCUUCUGUUCGGCAAAACACCUUUCAAAGGUUCAGGAAACCGAGCGACACUGUUCAAUGUCAUCGGUCAGCCGUUGCGUUUCCCGGAAUACCCAGUUGUGAGCUUCUCAGCAAGAGAUUUAAUAAGGGGCCUACUUGUUAAGGAGCCCCAACAACGAUUGGGUUGCAAGCGUGGCGCCACUGAGAUAAAACAGCAUCCAUUUUUUGAGGGUGUGAAUUGGGCGUUGAUACGCUGUGCGAGCCCUCCAGAGGUUCCGAAGCCUGUUGAGAUUGAGAGGCAGACUACAAAGCUGCCUGUGUCAACAUCUGAGGCUAGUGCAGCACCUACUGGUGCAUCCCAGAAAGGCUCGGAUAACUAUUUAGAGUUUGAUUUCUUUUAGUGAACAGAAUGUUCAUUUUCUCCAUUUGUUUGCAUAAUUAGAAGUUGUAGGCUUUUCGCAUUUAUGUGUCUGACAGAUGAGUCGUAUGUAGAUUUUUGUGUCUGUCAAGCUAUUUUCUGUUUUGUAGUGAACAAAUUGGAUGUUUCAGAUUUAUAUUCCUCCACAAGUUUUGAA